UAUUAAAAACAAGUUGGCAGCACUGCUUGGCUUGCCGGUUGUAUUUGGUCAAAUUAUUAAAUAUUAUUUUUUAACGAACUAGGCGAACACUUGAAUGUCAAUGUCGCUACACAAGGAGUCUUUAUAUGACUCCUUAACACACACAAAAUAAAGCUGGGCCCUUGAGAAGCUAUUGUUUAGGAAUUCGCAGAUUUUACUACAUCUACAACUACUACCAAAGUAAAUAGAAAAUGACACUGAAGGUGACGAAGCUGGCUCUUUCAAGUCGUCUUAUGGUCUUGGCCGUACAACUGGUUUCCAACUGGAUAGUUACCGAUCAUGAGCCAGAUGUCUUUCGGAUGCCAAUGCCACCAGAGGAGUAUACAAAGGGACCUGUGCCUUGGCUGGACAAGUUGGUUGUGGGCUGUCUGAAUGGUUUGAGGCACUGGGAUGGCGAAUACUUUCUACAUAUUGCCAACAACUUGUACACGUACGAGAAUACGUUAGCCUUCUACCCGCUGUAUCCGACAAUGGUGCGAUAUCUGGCCAUGGCUUGCCAGAGUCUAUAUGUGCCGCUGUCGCUGCAGUCGAUCACGCUGCUUGUGGCCGUGGCAUUGAAUGUGUGGCUGUUCUGCGAGGCUACCAAUCUGCUCUACCAGCUGACACAGCGGAUCUUCAACGAUCCGAACAAGAGCUGGAAUGCUGCGCUCAUCUUUUGCUUUAAUCCGGCUAGCAUUUUUUUUAGUGCCGCCUACUCGGAGUCGUCCUUCGCUUACGCCAGCUUCUUUCUGAUGCUGGAGUGCGUCCGGCCGAAUCAACAAUUCAACUAUUUGCGGAUUUGUGUCAGCCUGACUGCCUGCAUCCUGUGUCGCUCUAAUGGCCUGAUAACACUGGGAUUCCCAUUGUACUUUUUCGUGCGUCAUAUACUGUUAACUACGAAUGCUAAGCGGUGUCAGCAGAUUAUCAAGAUGUCACUGGCUGUGAUUGUGCCCUUAGUCAUCUUGCAUGCCUAUUACUUCUACAUCUAUCGGCUGUUUUGCCUGCCCAGCGUAAAAGUGAAUCAUCCGAAACAUGUGCAGGAUUAUGCCAGCGAUCGUAACUAUCUGCUCGCCGGCCAGGGACCCGAUGGAUCUCCUUGGUGCCAGUAUACCUUGCCCUUUCCCUACAACUAUGUGCAAUCGAACUAUUGGGAUGUUGGCUUCCUGCGCUACUACCAGUGGAAGCAGCUGCCCAAUUUCUUAUUAGCGCUCCCCAUGCUUUGUUUUAUGCACUGGCAUUCCUGUGAAUAUUUGUGGGUGUUUGCCACAAAACAUUUGCCUCAGGCCGCCAACUGGCGGGAGCUGCUCAAGACACACAAGGCAUUUCCAUUUGUACUACACGGUACUUUUCUAACAAUCGUCUGUGCCCUCUUUGUACACAUACAGGUGUCGACGCGUCUGCUGGCCUCGGCAACGCCAAUUUUCUAUUGGUUUGCCGCCGAUCAUAUGCCCAAGUCACUGGGCCAACUCAAAUUCCGGACCAAGGCAGGCGCUCUCUUCAUUUGGUGCACCACGUAUUGCGCCUUUGGCACCGUCCUUUUUUGCAACAAUUAUCCCUGGACUUGAACUCGGCUAGAGAGUGUAUGAGUGUAUGAUGACAUCAGCAAUGGAUUGCCAAAGAGACUGUAUUAGGAUUGAAUUAGUACGUAAUUAUUUUAGACGUGUUGCACGCGAGAAAUGUUGACCACCAGAAACCUAAAGAAAAUAGCUGAAUAAAAAAUUUAAUAAAUAUUUGAAAACC